ACUUUAACCACAUGAAGCUGAGUAUACCUGUGUAGUUUGAUUGCAGUAGGCCUACUUUUACCUGCAACAGAGUAUUUUCACUUUAAGGUAUUUCUUGUUUUACUUCAGUAAAGUAUCUGAGUGCUCCCUCCACCACAGAGAGUACUCCUUCCCUCCUCAGUAAAUGUUCUCUGAUACUUGCAGUGAAUUAUUAAUUGAUGUCUCUGCAGGACGGGACGAGCCUCCGCCCGCUCUCAGAUCAGCUCUCUGACAGGAAGACAUCCAAAUAAGGCCCGAGGAAGUGAUGACGCGGCUGGACGAUCUCCAUGUGACGUAGCGCCUUAAAAAACUGAUCCGAGCUGUGACGUGUCGCCAGGGUUUCCGGCCAUGGCGGCUGGCUGUGCUCCCUGUGCCCAUUUAACGGCUUCAGUCCGGCGGACAGACAGCAGCCGCCGACCCGGACUGAAGUCUGGACCUUUCCGGAUCGUCCACGCUCCAAAAAGCACAGCACAAAGAGCGCAGGGAGCACCGGAGCAUGCGUGUGCGGUCCGGUCUGCACGCUCACCGCUCGGACCAAAUAUGGGCUUCCUCCCGGCCAUAUUUGGGAAUGUACGUCACGCAGGAGUCUUUAUAAAGCCGGGAAUCCUCAUUGAAGAAAGUGACAGACUCAAGUUCAAGUUGUCAGCAACAACACGUCAAAACAAACAGCCCAUGUUGUGAUGACUCAUCACGUCAUCAACAAACAUCCGGAAAUAAUCUUUACAUUAUCUUAAAGUCAUCUUAAUCCACGCGGGACCCGGAGCUGACGACCCUCCAGGUUGGCUUCCUCCGAGCAUAACCGCCAGCCGCAGCAGCAGCCGCAGCCGCAGCAGCGUCAGCCCGGUCAGAGCGCCUCUCCGCCGGCUUCAGAAGCGGAGACCGACCCGGUCCCCACGCAGGAACAGCCCGGUUCUCGGGAGCCUCCGGAGCGGCAGAGCUCCACACCCGCCGCCGCCUCUCGCUCUCCGUCCUCCAGAGAGAUGGCAGCGACCAAAGCGGAGCUGCUCCUGUCCGCCCUGCAGAUCUCCGACCCUCUGGCCGGCCUCCCGCCGCCUCUCUCCCCACUGGACGGUUUCUCGAAGCUGGAGGAGCUGCAGAUGCUGCUGCAGAACGCCGCGGCCGGAGGCUCCCUACUGGCCGCGUCCGCAGCGGAGGGAGCCGGGCUGCUGAGCGGAGAGCCCGGGGAGUACGGAGACUCUCUGGCGGACCUGGACCUGCAGACUCUCCCCCCUCUCACCCCUCGCCUCCCCCCUCUGGCCUACAGCGGCCGCUUCACCUUUGAGCCCGCCUCCAGUGGCAGCCUAUGGGCGGAGCCUCUCCUCAGCCUGUUCACCGGGUUGGUCAGUGUUGGGGCUCCUCCCCCUUCAGCCUGCAGCCUCCCCUUCUCUUCGUCAUCAGUGACAUCAUCGGUGACAACACCACCGAGCCUCAGCUCCACCCAGAUCAGCUGUGGCUCAGGUGAUGUCACCUCAGUGUUCUCUGCAACGCCAACGUACACCUCCGCCGCCAGCUCCAACCUCCUCCUCCUCCCCCCCGCUGAAUCUCGGCCGGAGCCCGUGGCCUUCCAGCCACAGGGUCCUCCGCCUGCCUACCCCAGCUCCUCCUCCAGGCUUGGCCUCCAGCCGCCCUCCCUGGUGGUACCGAUGCUCCCCGACUACCUGCUGUCACAGCCGCAGGAGGGCGAGCUCAGCCUGAUCCAGGAUCAGAAGCCAGAACUGUCGCAGAACCCUCCGCCGCUCACGCCACUCUCCACCAUCAAAUCCUUCUCCUCACAGAUCCAGACGCAGCCCCAGGGCUCCGCCUCUGGCCCCACCUACCAAUCCCUGGUCACCAAACCCAACCGAAUCAGGAAGUCCCCUGCCAGUCGGCAGUGCAAGACGCCACCACACGAGCGUCCGUAUGCCUGCCCCGCCGACGGCUGUGACCGCCGCUUCUCCCGUUCUGACGAGCUCACUCGCCACGUGCGUGUACACACGGGCCAGAAGCCUUUCCAGUGCCGCAUCUGCAUGCGCAGCUUCAGCCGCAGCGACCACCUGACGACGCACAUCCGCACGCACACUGGUGAGAAGCCGUUCGCCUGCGCAGAGUGCGGACGCAAGUUCGCACGCAGUGACGAGCGCAAGAGGCACACCAAGAUCCACCAGCGACAGCGGGAGCGCAAGAGCGACAGGAGCUCAGCCUCCUCUGAUCCCAUCCCCAUCAACAAGCCCCCCGCCUACUCCUCCCCUCCCACCUCCUCCCCCUGCUCCUCUUACUCCUCCCCCGCUCACAGCUCCUCCUUCCCCUCCUCCUCCUCCUCUUCCUCCUUCUCCCCCUGCUUCACCUCCUCCUCGUCACUGUCACAUCUCUACGCCUCCUCACCGUCCCCCCACCUUUAUUCCUCUUCUUGCUCCUCUCCGAUGGGGAGUCCUCAGUCGGAGCUCCCCUCCCCCCACGGCUCCAACAACUGUUGACGGACAGGAAAUUGUCCUGUCCUGCCGUGACCUUCGACCUCAGACUGAAACUCUGCCUUUAAAAGAAAAACUCACAUAUCUGACUGACAAACUGUUCGUCUUAUUAUUGGUCUGAUGGUGAGGAGGUCAGAGGUCAUGGAGGAGGAGUCAAACACCUCGCUGUGUUUCUGUGACUUCCUGAGCUGCUGCGUCAUUAUGAGCCUUUGCAGCCACUGUAGUCAAUGACAGCGUCUGUUAGAGUUAUAAAAGUGGGUGGGACAUGAACUUGAACCUUCAGCAGAGACAGUUAAAAAACCCUCAGGACCAAACUCCUGAAAUAAGAUGUGAAAUCCUCUGAAUGUAACGAGACGCUCGCUGAUGGAUGAGUGUGAAUCUUUUAUAAGGUGUGUACAUAAUGUUUACAUGUAGUAAAGUGUACAUACAUGACUGUGUACAUAGUGUCUACCUACUGAGUAGGUUCUGGGACCUUCAUAUGUUCACAUGCAGGUCUGAUUUUAUACUGAAGAUGUUUCCUUUUGAAACCGAAGAGCUCCGAGAAUAAAAAGUCAAAAUAC